AAUACUACAUUUUGACUGAAACAGGCUAGGAAUUUUCGUUUCCACUGUGGUCUUCCCUAUGUCGCAGAACCUGGAUACAUGCUAUUUCGAGCUGGAGUUCCUCGGCAUGCCAUUAUUAAGAAGUUUGCUGGUGAGAAUAUCUCAAGACUUGAGGACCUAAUUUCUGUUGUGUCAAAGUUAUCUAAGGGUGCUCGGGUGCCUUUGGAAUAUAUAAGCUACAUGGAUCGUCAUCGUAGAAAGUCUGUCUUGGUGACAAUUGACCGGCAUGAAUGGUAUACUCCACCACAAAUUUACACACGUGAUGACAGUUCUGGUCUAUGGACUGCUAAACCUGCAAUUGAACCUGGGUCCAUGAUCCAAUAUUCUGGUACUAAUGAUAUUAAAAAUGGCAUACAUGGUGGUCCUGUUUCAUUAUGUGCCGAGGAAACCCGUAUUGAACAAGAGCAUGCAGGUAGUAAUCUAGAGUUGAUUGAUGGUGUUAGUAGUAUGGAAACCAAUUGUGGACAUGCUUCUGACGAAGAACAUCCUCGGGAUGAAUCUGGUGCUGGAGCAAAGAAAAGGCGAUUGGAAGAGGAUCUGUCUACUGAUGGAAUUGUUGCUGACUGUUCUUUGCAAGAAAGUGGAGAAGUUAAGCUGGAGGAUGCAACCACCAUGGAAAAUUCAGUUUCAAGAGACUAUCAAGGUGCAACAGCUAUUGCUACUAAUGCCUCAUUUGCUGAGCGUGUGAUAGAGCCUACGCUUGUGAUGUUUGAGGUUCAUGUGCCACCUUCUUGCAUGCUUGAUGGUGUCCACUCUCAAAAUUUCUUUGGGACUGGUGUCAUCAUAUAUCACUCCUCGAGUCUGGGUUUGGUUGCAGUUGACAGGAACACUGUUGCGGUAUCUGUGUCUGAUGUGAUAUUGUCCUUUGCUGCUUAUCCCAUUGAAAUUCCUGGCGAGGUGGUUUUUCUUCAUCCAGUUCACAACUAUGCACUUGUUGCAUAUAACCCAUCUGCUCUGGGAUCUGUUGGUGCUUCCGCUGUUCGUGCUGCUGAAUUACUUCCAGAGCCUGCACUUUGCCGUGGAGAUUCUGUUUACCUCAUUGGUCUAAGUAGAAGCCUUCAAGCAACAUCUAGGAAAUCUAUUGUUACCAAUCCAUAUGCUGCUUUGAAUAUUGGUUCAGCCGAUUGUCCACGGUACAGAGCUACAAAUAUGGAAGUCAUUGAGCUUGAUACUGAUUUUGGCAGUACCUUUUCAGGUGUUCUAACUGAUGAGCAGGGAAGGGUUCGAGCAAUUUGGGGAAGCUUUUCAACUCAGCUGAAAUUUGGUUGUAGUUCAUCUGAAGAUCAUCAAUUUAUUAGAGGUAUCCCAAUUGAUUGUAUCAGCCAAGUUCUUGAAAAAAUCAUCACUGGUGCAAAUGGGCCAGCUCUCCUCAUAAAUGGUGUGAAAAGACCAAUGCCACGUGUUAGGAUCCUAGAGGUUGAACUAUAUCCUACUUUACUUUCGAAGGCUCGAAGUUUUGGUCUGAGUGAUAAUUGGAUCCAGGCUCUUGUAAAGAAAGAUCCAAUUAGACGACAGGUUUUACGUGUCAAGGGUUGUUUAGUCGGGUCUAAAGCUGAAAAUCUUUUAGAACAGGGUGACAUGGUGUUGGCAGUCAAUAAAAAGCCAGUUACUUCCUUCCGUGACAUAGAAGAUGCUUGCCAAAUAUUAGAUGAUGGUGAUAAUGAUGGGAAGCUUAACUUGACAAUUUUCCGUCAGGGACGUGAAAUUGAACUUAUGGUGGGAACAGAUGUUAGGGAUGGGAAUGGCACAAGCCGCGUGAUAAACUGGUGUGGGUGCAUUGUUCAGGAACCCCAUGCUGCAGUCCGUGCCCUUGGAUUUCUUCCUGAAGAAGGUCAUGGAGUUUAUGUUGCAAGGUGGUGCCAUGGCAGUCCUGUUCAUAGAUAUGGUUUAUAUGCUCUCCAAUGGAUAGUUGAAGUUAAUGGAAAACCGACACCAGAUUUGGAUGCCUUCGUUCUUGUGACAAAGGAGUUAGAACAUGGACAAUUUGUCCGUGUGAAGACAGUCCAUCUGAAUGGCAAGCCUCGAGUAUUGACGUUAAAGCAGGAUUUGCACUAUUGGCCUACGUGGGAACUGAGAUUUGAUCCAGAAACAGCUACAUGGCGUCGAGAAACAAUCAAAGCUUUAGAUUGCAGCAGAGUAUGAAAUAGAUAAUUUUGAUCUCAACUUAAAACUCUUGGGAAGUGGAGCAGGAAUUACAACUGAAAAGUGCCAAAAGGUGGUUUCUCAUUUUCGGAUACAAAUGAAGUAUAGGGGGUUUUUAUACGAGGAAUAUACAAGAAAUUUUAUUCAGCUGGAAGAUUGCCAACCAUUUGUAGAUUUUGUCAAAUAAUCCCUCUUUAGAAUUGAAACGUGAAAGGAUAAGAGACAACAGAAUGCUGUUUACCAAAAGAAGUUUAUAGCGUAAUCCAUUGGUUAAAAUUUUGUAGAACUCAAGUUCGAUUGCUCUUGCCCAAUUAUGUUAUACGUUAAACGUGUUCCUGAAACAGGUAUUGGGUGUGUCAGAUGUAUAUGAUUUUCUAUUGGCUUUUUAGGAAGGCCUGGUGUCUUCAUGAUCUUUCUUGUAAUCUAUUGUUUUAACAAUUUACAUGGCUGAGUUAUAUGUAUUGGGAAAACUCUUGAGCAAAGUUUACCGUGAUAGUAUUAUACCAA